AUAGACGUUCCUAUGGGUUAUUUUAUAUACAUGGAUUUGACAUGGAAACAGUCAUGUAUUGCGCAGAGAUGUUUUGGGCUCAAAAGGCGCCCGUUUGAGUGUGUCCGGCGUCCUUCCUGAAAAAGCGCGGUUCUUCUGUGUCCCGUGGACAUGUUUCAUGGUGAAGUUUGAGGAGCCAAACAGGAAAUCAACCAUCGUGCAUGGGGAGGCAGAACUCAAGCCCUGGAGUUUGAAGCAUGGAUACAAAGAAGAUGAUGAUUGUCCGAACGGCUUCUCCAACGGCCUCGCCUCCACCAAACGACCAGGCGACGCAGGUGGGCCCCGCCGCUAUGGGCAAUGCAUGCGCUUGCUGGAAGAUUCCCAAAUCGUGAGGGGAAAGCGCUUCAAGUUGCAGUGCAAGGUGCCCAAAGAGCACGAUGAUCUCCACCUGCUUUUCCUCCCGGUGGAGAAGAAGAAGAUGUUCGUGGUAGCUGUGGACGUGGGCUUGGCCAAGGAUCAGAAGGGGAUCGAGGCUGUAGGACUGGUGCACAAUCGUCGCUUGGCCAAGAACUUCUUGUGCAGCCGGCCGGCACGGCUGGAGUCCAGCCACCGGCGUCAGGAGAUCACCAUGGCUGUGGCACCCUUGCAGCAGACGGACACUGCUCAGGUGGCUUUGUGCCUGGUGAAGGAGAGUGAUACCUUGGGCAGCGAUAUGUGGACUUUGCUGGAUCACUUGCUGGUGGAGGUCCAGCGCACCGAGCGCUCUGCAGAGGUGAAGCCCUUGGAAGAAUUGCUGGCAAAGGCAGAGGAGAAGCUGAAGGAGGACUUCGGCCGCGUGCUCUCGCUGUUGAAGUCGGCCGAUGCCAAGGGCGCACGCCUUGCCGCUGAGGCGCUGCUGCGCAAGGAUGGGCCCAGCCAGCCUGCGCGAUCCUCCAUUCUGAAGGGCCUGAGCCAGGCACGCACAUUCCAAGCGCUGCUGGAAGCAGGAGGGAGUUUGUUGGAGAAGUAUGUUCCAGACAGGGAGCAUGAGCUUCAAGAUCUGAAACGAACUCUCCAGAACCUCCAGCAAUCCCUUCACCUCACCUGGGAUGAUGCCGUCACCGACGGUCCCGACGGUCCCGACGGUCUGGCCAUGCUCUUGGAACGCCACCAGCACGACGCCAACGUCACGUUGCCCGUGGAGUUGCCACUGCGAGGGGAGAUGCUCAUGGCGAACCUGGCAGUUCACCGGAAGAGGGGCGUGACUCUGGCCGGACUUCGAGUGAUGCUGUGCUGGCAGAGUGGUGCCGAGAAGUCUGACUUGGCACUGGAGCUUUGCUGCCCCGAGUCAGGUUGUGAGGUGGGCAUGGACAAAGCCUGGGCUUGCGCAUGUGUGGAUGACGUGGUGGUCACCGUGGAGACUUUGCCCGAAGGCGACCUGCUAAGCAGCCUUGAGACGUUGGGUCUUGAAGUGGCCGAUGCGGGCCUGGAGGGACAACGGAUUUUGAACAUCAAAGAUGGCCCACUCAAGCAAGCAGCGACCCGCUUGGGAUUGAAGGUGCAGGUGGGAGACUUUGUGAAAGGCAUCGAGGAGUCCAAAGUCCGUUUGAGCCGCCCGAGGGUGUCCCGAGUACAUCUGGAUGUGGCCGAGCCAGGUGCCAAGCAUGCAAAGUCUUUGCAAAAUCUCUUCGUGCAGCAGCCUUCUGAGAAGCGUUAUGUGCUGCAGGUUCGCUUGUGUGCGGGUGAGCCUGUGCCAUACCAGGUGCUGCUGCAACGAGCAGGAUGGCCGGACAUGGUCUAUGAACUGCCACCGCACGAGCAUGUUGAGCAGGCUGUGGAGAUUUUCUCAGGGAACGGUGCAGAGCUCGAUUCUCAACACAAUGCUUUUCAAUUGGACUGACCCGCAGCUCCCUGAAGGGACUGCGCCAGGAUUUGCCCAGCCUGGCCGGCUGGUCAGCUUAUGGGGAUGACUGAGGUUGCAGGGCAUGAAGACACUGAAAGCAAGGCGUUGCUGGUGUGGCUGGAGAAGGGUUCUCCCUUUCCGCUUGGUCCGCCAAACGGCGGCCCUCCCAACUCUCCGAAGGGGGGAAGACUUUUCUCAGCGCUUGGGGCGGGAA